AUGGCCACGCUGGAGGGCUGCCGCUGCCGGGGUGCCAGCGGCCGAAACAACAACAGCAUCCUCUACAGCAUUCUGAAGAGCGACAGCCUUGUGACCCCCGAGGAGCAACAGCAACAACAACAACAACAACAACAACAACAACAUCCCCACCAACAACAAACACUGCAACACUUGUUCCAGAAGACGCCCUCCUCCGCUCCGGCUUCCCUGCAGGAGCUCCGGCAGCAGGCUUGCUCCUGCGGCUCGACGCGCCGCCGCGGCGUCCUGCGCUCCCCGCAGGUGACGUGCAAAGCGGCGUCCGCGGUGCUGGUGAAGACGCUGCGCUUCGUGAAAAACGUCCCCUGCUUUCGAGAGCUGCCGGAGGACGACCAGCUGAUACUGAUCCGGAGCGGCUGGGCGCCGCUGCUCGUGCUGGGACUCGCGCAGGACCGAGUGGACUUUGAGACCACGGAGACGGUGGAGCCCAGCAUGCUGCAGCGCAUCCUCACGGGUCUGCCGGACAGACAGGGCGAGUUGUUGGCCGGACAGAGCAGGGGGGCGGCCGGGGUCUCUGUGGUGGACAUCGAGGCUAUCAGAGCCUUCCUGAAGAAGUGCUGGAGUGUAGAUAUCAGCACGAAGGAGUACGCGUACCUGAAGGGAGCUGUGCUGUUUAAUCCAGACCUGGAGGGGUUGCGCUGUCUGCACUACAUCCAGUCGCUGCGUCGAGAGGCGCACCAGGCUCUGAACGAGCACGUCCGGCUGAUCCACCGUGAAGACACGUCGCGGUUCGCCAAACUGCUCAUAGCUCUGUCCAUGCUGAGGGCCAUCAGCCCGCCGGUGGUCGCCCAGCUCUUCUUCAGACCCGUCAUAGGCACCGUCAACAUCGAGGAGGUGCUCAUGGAGAUGUUCUACGGGAAGUAGGUCACAGGUCCACGGCGGAGGGAAGAUGAAUUCAGCAGGUUCAGCUGUCAGAUGGACUUGCUCCAAUAAACUCGUAUUGGGUAGGAGGUGAGGGGCAGAUGAGGAGGAUAUUUGGGACUGAAUUGACAACA